AUGCCCGGCGUCGUCAUGGAUAGCGUCAACGUCGAGGGAUCUGGGCGAAGGCCAAGUCCUAACGAGGCUGUCAAUGGUGCGUUCCAUUCAUAUGGAAUCAAUGAAAAGUCGAGUCAACUUCCUGUUGCUGCGAACGGACCGGCCCUUGUGAAUGGCGUAGGGAGGGAACCCGAUGCUUUGAGCCAACAAUCAAAAGCGCCAGUACGCCAUGGUGAACAACUUGACUCGGCGCCGUUCGACUUGCCUCAUAUCACACAAGGAUUUUUCCCGUUUGGGACACUUGUUAAUCGGGCCGUGCAGCAAUGUUGGAAUGACCUCUCGGAACUGAUCGCGGAACUGGCGGCAAUUCAAGUGCCCCACGACCCUUCAUCUGCACAAAUGGUCAAUGGUAAAGUCGCAGGGAAUCAAUCCUCAGAGAACCUGCACAAAAAAGUAAAGAUUCUCGAUUUUGCACAUGCGAAGAGAGCCGAAUUCAUCAAGCUUUUGGUUCUUUCCCAGUGGAGCCGACAGGCUUCAGAAGUCAGCCGGCUUAUCGAUAUCCAAAAUUUCAUUCGUACGCGACAUCAAGCAUAUGCAGCAGCAGUUCAAUAUGUGGGAGAAAUGAAGCAGGACCUCGUUCGGGCACAAGUGGCCAAUCCAGAUCUCAAGACCGCGCUGGAGAUUCUCUCGAAAGGUCGGAUAGCAUCUCUGCCAGAUUUUGGCUACAAGCCACCGAAAACGCUGACUGCGCGGUCAACGCUCCUUAAAUUGCACAAGAUUAAUCGCAUCAUCAGCGUGCGACUGGUGCUUCACGACGAAGUGCCCCGUUCUUUGCGCAACUACCGUGUUCACGAUGGCCGGGUUACUUUCACAGUUCCUGGAGAAUUUGAGCUUGACCUUUCCGUUGCGGAAGAGGCAAAAUCUUCGCAGUUCUUUUUCGUGGAUAUUCGAUUCUUGUUUUCACCUUCAUCACCGAUCCCAAAAGGCCGGAUAUUCAACCAACUUGAUGCCAAAAUCAACGAUGUCCUCCGUAACGAGGGCUUGGUGGGUUGCUUUGAUUUCCUCCACGGCCUGGUCCUCACCAACAAGAUAAGUAUCCUCCACAGACAGGCUGUGGACCUUGUGAGGGGCGCGUGGUCAAAUGUCCUCCAUAUCGAGCUUCUCCAUCGAAUCCUCGUCGUUCAGUACUGGCCAACGAGGACGAGCCAAAAAAGCUGGCUUGAGAUUGGUGUCCAACGAGGAAAAAACAGCUACCGCGAUGAUAGGGUUUCAUACCUCGGUCUUCGCUGGAUUCGAGAUGGCGAAAAGGUCAGCAGUGAGGGCAUCAAUUUUGACCCGACAGUGCUCUCGUUGGAGUGCAUUUUGCGAAGUGCUAUCGCCUUGCACGCAUCACAUAUACUCACUCAAUCCUUUUUUACCCUGAAAAAGAACCUUCUAUUCGCCCGCUCAGAGCUCUCAUUGCGCGCUCACUUGUCACCAAUGGAGCCAGGAGAUUGCUACCUUGAUGUUCAGUUGACCCGUUCACGUUCUCUCAAAGUGUCAGUUGAGCCGUCAACAGGAGCAAUUGCAUUCUUCGGGCCUUCCAGUACCUUGGAACGAGAACGAGGACAGUAUAAGUCCGCCGUUGAAGAAUUGUUCUACCGAGUCACUCGGCUCAGAUGUCACUCGGCGGUCGAACAGAUUGAGUCUGGCACCAGACCGCUUGGCCUGGAAAAUAUCAGUCAGAGUGGGCUUGGAGUCGACGUCCGGCAACUCUUUCCCAGCAAUACUGUACGUUUUUCUCUUCUUGGCCAUCGGCACUGGGAUCGACGCUGGGUUGUUGCUGCGACGAGCAGUAUGGAUGGCGAUAGAUGGUACCUGGUCCCAGUUCGAACCACUGAGCCCGCACGUACUGUGCCUACAUACACCAGAAAGGAUGGUUCAUCUCUGGUCCAUCCUAUCAGUGAUAAAUUGAUACCAUCAGGGCAGGUCAGUUACUCUGCAUGCUCGGAGCUGGUUCGUUCUUUGACGGGAAUGCUGGCAAUCUAUGUCAAUGCACGAUGCUUGGCAUAUUUGCCAGGGGCUCAAUUUCACCCGCCAUUGAAGCAAUUGAAGCUGGGGCCAAAUUUUGAGGUUCCAGAUCUCGUCUUCAAGUACAAGCCACAACGUAUCCCAGCCGUCGUUCGACUCGCGCUGCCUCCUGUGUUGCGAAAGAGAUCUUACGUGCGGGAUUCCAUCCGUCUUUCUUUCGAAGGAAUCGAUGCUCAGACCCACUCAACUGUUGUAGUGGCCUACGGCUCUCUUCGUUUCUCCGCGAAGACUCUUCUUCCCCUCAUCUCCAAGACGGAUCCUUCGCUCGCCGUUCAGGAAAAGGGGUCAGGUUUCUCGCUGCGUUUGCUUGCCCCCGUUGGCCAAUCUGUGCUCAUCGGCCUCCUUGAGCGCCUCCAACGGCUUGACUGCAUUCUGUACAUUCUCCAGUCUCUUAUGCAGAAGGGAAUGCGACUACAGUCCUUGUCGUUGUCGCAGAUCUCCUUCUCAUAUGGACAGGAUCACAACCUCUCGGCACAAUUCGGCAUCGACACUACAGGGCCUUCGCCAUCCACUUACAUUGAUAUCCCAAGCAUCCUCUCCAACCCCAUCCCGCUUUUCAGCCUACGUUUCAGAAUUGACUUCGACAUCCCCAGUCCUCAUCGUCGCCUUCAGGAAGCACUUACAGUGGCCUUGAAUGCGCGAUUUUCGGAGUCUGGUGUGGAGUCUGUCCUUGGCUCUAUAGCAGAAACCUCACCGCUUCUUCAUUGCCUGGAUCAAAUCACCAAGUCGACUGAGGCAACAUCCGUCAUUGUACUGGUUACCGUGCGGAGCCCCACAGUCUUUCAAAUCCAGUACGCCCAGAAUUCACAAUUCCGGUUGUCUGCUCGGCCGCGACAAGGGCAUAAAGUGUGGUUACUGGAAGACUUCAACCCGUCAGGCUCGCCUGGCCGUGGUAAGGUCUAUGACGCAGUACGGGGGCAGGUCUAUAAUUCCCGUGGCGACGGCUGGCAAGGUCUUGGUGAUGGUGCUUUGUCUUCAAUUGACAAAGUAGGAAACCUUAUUACCAAACUUCAUGAAUGUCUCAGUGCCUGUCCGACCGAGCCCGUUAAACAGGAACAGCCAGGAUAUGGUCAACGCCCCGGCACAAUGAACCAGCCCUCUGUGACAUCUGUUGCGAAAGCCGAGCAGGUAUCGCCGCAGAAUGCUGCACCCGGAAAUACGGAUGUAAUCACGAUUGACUAG